GGCCGACCUUCGGGUCACGUGGUCGGCUCCGCCGACGUCACUUCCGGCCCCGCCUCCCCGCCGGCGCCCGGCCUUGCGGCGUCCAUCUCGCUCUGCUCCUCUGACCUGAAGCAGAAGAUUUCCCCAGUUCACCAGAGCUGCCUGGUACUGUAGCCCGGAAGCGGAGGCCUGUCAAGGAGACAGGAUGGAAUAAUCGGCCUCUUGCCGUCGAUCACAGCUGGACCCUAGUUAUCUCCUCUUUGCCCACAGAUGUGACACAGCUAGUUUUCCCUUAUUUUUGAAAGUCUCCUCUGAGUGCCUAUUUCUCCCCGUCUUCCCGGCCCCGAAACUUCCUUAGAGAAACUUGGCCCUGAUACUUGCCUGGGGAUUGGUUGCUCUCACCCCUGUCGUUCAGUCUGCUACAUUAUGACUUUCUUCCCCCAUCCAUAUUGGCAAGGUUUGCGGGUUUUGUGGACUCACAGCUGGCACUGCGCUCUGGCUCCAAGGUGCCGGCCUCUGCCGCCUCUCUUCUCCCGUUUCCAUUGCUAUAAGGAAGUCCAUAGAGCUUUCUCUCCUACCACGUCUUCUCCAGAUAAUAGCGAAAGAGUCAGCCUGCUGCCUUCCAAGGCCAAUUCUAGAAAGAUAGGAGAAGGUAAGGGCAGAGGUAAGCACAACCCCUCUGUUUCUCAUCCCUUAUUUUCAGCUGGAGCGGCUAAGAACAGAUCAAGAAAGUUGGGCCAGGAUAAAGGACAGGCUUCCAUUUACCCGGAUGACUCUGUUCUGCUCCCAACCAAGCCUUUGAAUUCAGAGGAGUGGGAUAAUAUGAAGGACAAAUGGAAAACCCGGAAGAAUUUCGAAAGUUGGAUCAUGAAGAAGAUGGUCAAGAAUAAUAGCCCCCUAGAUGUGGCUAAGUCUCUGCUGGCCUGGGUAGCCAAAAGGAAUAGCAGCGAUUUGGGGUAUAAUUUGCUUAUUAACUACUUGACACUAUGUGUCUACCAGAAGCAAACAGCAGAGAUUAUCGACCUCUACAAAAUCUUGAAAGCCAAAUACAGGUGUCUGGAAUCGGGGGCUUAUACCCUUCUGAUCCGGGGUUUAUCCCACUCAGAUCACUGGAGAGAGAGCUUACUGCUAUUAGAGAAGGUCAAAAAGAUCAUAACUCCCUCAAAAACAAAUUAUGGGGACUGUAUCCAAGGAGCCCUCCUUCAUCAAGAGAUGGAUCUCGCUUGGGAUCUCUAUCAAGAAAUGCUGGGUUAUGCCCUGACUCCAACCUGGAACACUUUUCAGCUUUUUUUUGAUACUGCUAAAGGCGUGAACGACGACCAGCUUAAAAACAAACUUUUGGACAUCCUUUUGUAUUUAAGAGAUCAUCAGAUGUAUCCCGAGGAAUCCUUUGUGCAGAGUGUAAAGGCGUGGUUUGAGAGCAUUCCUGGAGAGAGGUGGAAAGGCCAAUUCACCACAGUUCAAAAGAGUGGGCAGUGUUCAGCCUGUGGCAAAAAUCUGGAGUCUCUUCACCUGAGCCCUGAAGAAUAUGACUUUCUCAAGGAAAAGAUCAUGAAGGAUGUGAUAGAGGGUUCUGACCAAUUCAGGAAAACCAGCCCCGAGGAACUUGAGAAAUAUAAGAACUUUGUGAAAAGACAUCCUCCCUUUGAUAUUGUAAUCGAUGGGCUCAAUGUUGCCAACAUGAAAUCUAAAGUGCGUCAAUCUCUAACUCUCCUUAACAUGGUGACCCAGUUGGCCCAGAAGAACCUGAGGCUUCUUGUGCUGGGCCGGAAGCACAUGCUGUACGGGACAGCCAACUGGAGAAAGCAUGAGAUGGAGGCGGUGCAGAAGAACGCCGCCUGCUUCUUUACGGAGAACACCUCGGAAGAUGAUCCUUUCCUGCUGUAUGCCACCCUCCAUUCGGGAAACCACUGCAAGUUUGUCACUCAGGACCUCCUCCGAGACCACAAAGCCUGCCUCCCUGAUGCCCUGACGCGGCGCCUGUUCUUCAGGUGGCAACGGGGACAUCAGCUUGGGUUUUCCAGCUAUUCCGCGGGAAACAGAAUCGUCUUUCAGCCCGUUCUUUCCUACGACACUUUGGUGCAAACUACAGGGGAUUCGUGGCACAUACCAUACGAUGAAAACCUAGUUGAAAGAUAUUCCUACGAAGUGCCAACCAAGUGGCUUUGCCUUUGCCGAGAGCAUGAAGACAGAAGGCGUGGGAAGUGGGCUUUGACCAAAGGCCAAAAUAAACUUAAACUUGUAACUGGAAUUGAAGAGUGAAAGUGAUUGAAAUCCUGGGACAUCUGACCACUCCCGGUGCAGAAACCACUGGCAGCACGUAUUGCAAGGCUUUGCACCUUUUCCUUGUUUAGGCAUGUACCCAAGGCCAAUCCAUCACAAAUGCUACAAAUGUACAAGUAAAUCAUUAUGUAAAAUACUCUCUUCUCUCCCAGUUGGGCUAGCUGAUCAUUUCAGUCCCGAGCUGUGGGUGCCACCCAGGCCUCAGGCUGAGGGUGUGAUGGUGGAGGCAGAGAAGCAGCAUGGCCUAGUAGCAAUAUCAUAGGCUUGGGAGUCAGAGGAUGUGGGUUCUAA